AUGAAAGAAAGCAAAGGCGUGUAUGUGACUAAAAAAGAUAUAAGGCAGAAUAUAAACAGAGGUUCCCACUUACAUGCUAGCAGAAUAAUAAAUAAUGAACUUGGCGAGGGAGAGCAACGUUCAUUCGACGUGGGGAUCCAAUACAAUAGCAAGAAAGAUAAUUUGCUCGUGUGCACGUGCAAGAACUAUCCCGGUAUAAGAAGGCAGCAUGAGGCCAGAUACUUCAGUACCACGCGUAGACAAAUUUAUACGUACCCGAACAUAUCUAGAAGUAUAACAGAAAUAGGAAUCGGGAGUGUAAAGACGUUACCAAAGAAAAAAGUGAAACGAGUUCAUCUUCCCGAGACCGACGACAGAGGUGUUGGGUGCACUGAUCUCUGUCCAUACUACGAAAGCAUCAAUAAAAAACCGAGAUACAAUAAAGUGCCAAGUUAUUAUGACAAGAAGAGGACGUCAUCAAAAUGUGUGGGAGGGGUUGUAGAGAAUACUGUAGAGAGCUUCGUAAGUGCCAGAGUGUCGCCCAUAAUAAUUACGAAAUCAGGAACCACAAGUCCUAAAGAACAAAUGUCUAACAAAUUCAGCAAUAUAGAAUUGGGAACGAAUACUAUAGAAAAGAUAUUUGUCACUACUACAACACAAAUGGAAAAUGAUCUUAUAAUUGAAAGCAAAACAAAACCUUCCACUACAGUAACAGUCAUUGUAAGAUCUACAGCCACGAUUAAAGAAUCGGAAAAAGAGAAGUUACAAUCCAAUUAUCUGGGAAAAAAAGUCGUUAAAAGUUUCUCAUCAGAUUCUCUUGUGCAACACGUUCACAACCUAGAACACCCUAGUGAAGACAAGUAUAAUGAAUAUAAUAUUGGAAAUACAAGAGAAAUAGAUUAUCAAAUUAUAUUUCAAUCCAAUUCGAAAACCAAAGAGAACGAGAUCAGCAUUGAAAAACAAAAAUCUAUUAGUAGUGAACUUAAAAGCACAUCAUUACUUCGCCGGAGAUUUCAAGCUUUACGCAAAUCGCUAAGCAAAAAGGAAGAUUCUAAGACAAACGAGUCCAAGUCGUCGAUUCCUAGCAUCCGCAGUGUAAUUGGCAGUGUAAAAGAUGCUUCCGUUACCUCUGAUCCCCCAUCGUUAGUAGGCAAAUCUUAUUUCAACCUUAAAACAAGUUUUAAAAAUAGCCCUCAUUCGUCUGAUUCGACCCAACAAUGUGAUACAGAAAUCUUAAAAGAUCUCGAGGAAUCAUUGAUGAUAAAAAAAGACGACCCACUGCAAUCAUCUAAAGAUAGUACGCCUGAAAAAUAUGAAGACACCCAGCAUUCGCUUAAAGAUAGUCGUAUACCUGAAAAAAAAGAAGACGCCCAGCAACUACCAAAGUUACACGACAGUAUGAUUGUGGAUAGUGAAUACGGGCAAGGUGUCAAAGGUAUGUUUAAGUUGUGGGGUAAGAAAUUCAACUUAGAAGAUGAGAGCCGUAUCAAUAAUAAAAAGAGCGAAUCACCAAAGUCUUCCUUCGCAAAGAAGAAAGAGAAGAAAGAAGUUCCAUUGCCGAAACUGGACUCGUCAGCUUCACCACCUCACGGGGAAAAAAAAGAAGGGAAAAAGUUCUUUUUCUUCAAAAAGAAAAAUAAACAUAAAAAAGCGGAAAAAGCGAAGGACACUUACAAGAAUAAGAAAGGAGUGACAACUGGGCGCUGCGAAGUCAGAGAUGGCUUAUUAAUUAAAUUUGGCGGAAACAGUCCACCUCCGUCAGUGGUUAAAUCAAAGAUAAACGUAUCGAGAGAAAUCGAAAGCUAUGGGGAGAUUAUACGAAAGGAUUGGCUACGGAAGUAUAUGGCAAAUUCACCCAUAGAGUCACAAAAUAGUGUGAAAAUCAGAUGGAACAAUAAUACUUACGCAACAAGUAGCAGCACAAUAUUGGAACUAAUGGAACACGUGUAUAAAGGAACAGGAGUGACUUUGAAAUCUAAAAGCGAAAUCACUUCGUCUGUGGACGAUACAUGCAUGUACAAAGCCUAUACUAAUCAAAAUCAAAAUUAUGUCCAAGAAGUAGAAGCUUGGAUGAUACCACGAACAAUUCCCGAUCACCCUGUUAUACUGAGAGAUAACAAAAUAUUUUGUCCAGUAAUGUUACGAGAUAGACCUCUGUCAAACAGCGAGGAUAACUUGAAUCUCACGCUUUCAGAUCGAAAAUGGUUUAUUGAGAAAUCAAAAGCAUUUGCUCACAAAAUUAAAGUGGUGUUACAUUCGAAUAACAUUAUUGAUUUAAAGAAUCGUCACAGAAGUUCAGACUAUUUGAGAAUAGAUAUUCCUAAAGGCUUUUUCUCUGACACAAGUACUGACGAUCCGCUGCUAACAACACAAACGAGUGACGAAGAGGUGUAUAAAAUAGUGGAAUACGAUAACUCUGAUUCUAUUACUCAAACUGCAAGAAUUAUAAAACCAACAAAUACAGCACCUACACAAGAACCUAUAAUAGAAUUAAAAAGUAGAGACCCUACUAAUAAAAGACCUUAUACAAACACACCUCAAGGGAUGAAAAACACAGUGUCUCAAAAGGACGUACCUAAAACUCAAAGUAUUCAAGUCGGUGAAAGAAAGUCUAUAAACCCAAAACCUUGUUAUACUUCUUUAGAUUGUAUUUUACCAUAUUUAACAAAACCUUGGGACACGGUGACAGAAAAGACUCCAGCAUUUAGAGAUGUCGUUAUACAAGACAGUAACGUAUAUAUUCCAAAGAUUUGCGAUGUUAUUGGAGUCGGAAUUAUUACGCAGAGGGAGUUAAGAGAUCCUCCAAAACCAAUAUUAAAACUCACCGAGUACUUGUCGGAUGACGAAUCAGACCCAAACACCCAUAAUACGAAGACGUGUGAACUGGCUGAGAAGUACCUACAAGAGUACUGUCGUAAUUGGACGGGCAUUGACACAUUAAGAACAUUCUCUCUUUGUGUUAGCGAUUCUCACAUAAAAUGCUCCUCUGGCUCCAACAGCAAUGGAACAAAGUCCUUGCCAGACAUGGGCGAUGAUUACACUACAUCAUCGUGUUUGUCUUCCUGCAGCUUGGUGAUAACCGAAUUUCCUGACAGAAUUGGCAAUAAUCUCGAAGGUCUAAAUAAAUCUUCAAGCAAAUACUUGGAGUCCGAUCAUUUGUCAUAUCGCGUACUGCCAAAAGACUCCGUUGAAGUAUUCAAAACAAGGAAAAAAAAUGCUAUGAGCAAUAAAAGCAAGUGGAUAAAUGAUAAACUUGAAUCAUCGUCGUACUUGGAGUAUUCUGAUCAUAUAUUAGAAAUAAGAUCCUCGCUAGAUUGUAUUAGAAGGAGACGAAAGAAAACUACAACAAAACGAGUAAUGAUACCAGAUGGUGAUAUAAUGAAUGAAAUAUUGACAAAAUCCCAUGCUCCUGCACAUGGAAUAUUGAGCUAUAGCGAUAUGACGACAAGAAAUAAUUUCGAAACAGUUGGCCAUGUUAAAACACCCAUUGUAGAUGCGGGUUCCAUACACGAUAAUUCACUACUACGUGACGUGUCUUGCUUGAAAGCUGGUCCAGAAGAUCCGCCCAUGCGUGGAGAGAAUAAAAGACCGGACAGUUUUGUUGUAAAAAGUCCUCUAAACCUGCAGGUUUCUAGUAAAACGCAGGCGAUGGAAAUACCAUCUACUAUUGUUAUAGACCUCGAGCGUGACGUCUCUCACAAAAGUUUGAAUUUCCGGGACACGCCUAAGGCCAGUCAAGAACCGAUCAUACGAACUAAGUCCAACCAAUCUCAUGCAAGUAAUAAGCUUGUUGAAGUUCACAUCCCAAGUCCCAAGACGCAAUCAAGUGCACAUUACGAAACGAUCGACGUCAAACUAUGUAAAUCACUAUCUAAUAACGGUUGCACUAAAUUUAGGGGCAGAUCUGUAGGUGACAUUAAUAAGAAACAAUCUAUAGUUACCCUAUCCAAAUCGAGAUCUAAGAUCAGUCAAAACACGCCCGAAAUCAACGAAUCAAAAUCACUAUCUGCUUCAGACGUCCCUAAAUCAAAAAGACCAAGUAAAGUGUCUCUUUAUCCUGUAGGAUUCAAGCCGUCGAGAAGUGAGAGCCAAAUGGUAUUAAAUACAAUUAAUCCCAAUGCUCUUCCUAAUUCUAGUCAGAAGGUAACACACGGAAUCAAAACAUUACCAUCUAGCGCUACCAUUAUUCUCUCAAAACGACACACUAGUCUUUUACGAUUCGCAGGACCAUCACUAAACGUAAGUUCGACAAACAUUAUUAUUGAAGGAAAUUCAUCCAAGAAAUCGAUCAUAAAGCAGUCAAAUCAGUUGAAACAGAAUAUAUUACAAAGUAGCUGCGACAAAUGCAUUGUUAAUAAUGGCAUAGAUGAGUCGAAGCCGCCUAAAAUUCCUGGCCGUAAAAUCUCUGGUUCUUCUGACGCUUUAUCACUUCAUACUCCUAUUUUUAAACAUCGUCUCUCUUACCCGGAAACGAAAGAGACUAUUGGUAACAGUUCACCUCACCAUAUCAGCAAACUGUCUGAAUUCUUAAAUUGGAAUGUAGUCGAUCCAGAGAGCCCUCCUGUGACCGUCAUGGCGGAAUCUGAAAAUAAAAGCGAUAUAAAACCUAUAGAGCCUAAAAAAGACGAAGAAUCUGAAAAAGAUAAAGAAAUUAAAAUAGACGAAACAUCUAAAAAAGCCGAAGAACCUGGAAAAGAUAAAGAAAUUAAAAAAAACAAAGAAUCUAAAAAGCAGAAGGAAAAAAAGACUGAUGAAAAACCAAAAACUGCAACCCGCGGCCCUCUUGCUCAUCCCCCUGCUGUAUUGGUUCCGGGAAAAUCACGUUGUGCGCCGUUAGUUAAAUAUGCAAAUCCACCUCAUUAUAAACCCAAUUCACCGUUAAGACCACAAUCAUCAGGGGGGCAACCCACCGUGCCAAGCACAGCACCAGGGGGGCAACCCGCUGUGGCAGGCACUGCUCCAGGGGGGCAACCCGCCGUGGCAGGCACUGCACCUAAGGGGCAACCCGCCGUGGCAGGCACUGCAUCAGGGGGGCAACCCACCGUGGCAGGCACACCACCAGCACCAGGUACAACAUCGGCACCUGGUGCAAAAGAAGCAUCAAACAUCAAUUCACCCGCAGCACCAAUACCAGGUUCACCGCCCGCACCAAGUGAAUUAACCAAACCAGGUAUACCACAGGUACCAGAGACAUCACGAGCACAAGAUGCUCCAAUAUCACUAGGAAAUCCGGUAUCUCCACCCCUGGAGGCACGUUACGCAAGAACAGAUAAAGCAAUGCAGUCUGGUUCGAUGAGUCUACGGAACUCAAUUACUCAAACCUACGAUUACGAGGAGUUCCGUGGUACUACUUUGAUUCCAGAACCAAGCCGAGAUAAAUAUUUCUCUAGGUCACGACGAGAAUUAAAUCUAUUUACACAGUCUACUUCACCGCAACCAGUCACACGCCAGUCUGCUUCGAUCCUGUCUACAAAUACAAUUGCAUUUCCUGUCUCGGGAUCAGACAGUUCAGCAGUGGCAUCUACAGAAGCAGCGCCACCAGUCAGGAAAGAGCCACUUCUCACAGACACUUCUGCAGAAAACGCAACUACAAAGGAAGUAGAUUCUAGAGCUCCUGGAAAAUCAAAACCUGCUUCAGAUACCGCAGGUCUCACUAGACCACUAGAAUCACCACUACAACUAAUACGAACUUUGCAAAUGUUGGAGCCAGUUGUCUCUGUUCGCAUUCCAUGCCCGCACCAGAAAGUUGAUUCUCAAACACAUCUUCCUUGUCCACAUUCCCCAACCUGCAAUCCUCCAUGCAACAUUCCUUGUUUCACACCCCCGGUACAAAAACCGGUAAAAGAAAAACCUAAAAAGGUCUCUCAUUGCAAGUUAAAGCCAUGUAUAGAUCUUGAAGCUUUAGAAAUAGAAAAACUAGAACUAGAAAAAAAAUUUAAAGCUCAAUUUGCCAAAAAGACUCAAUGUGUACCAAAAAGGUGUACCUCAAUGUGCAGAACGCCGCCAUGUUAUAGACAGGAACCAUCCAGAUACGUACAUACAGGAACCAUAACACAACCAAAAUGCGCUUCCUCGUGCAGAACAUCAUCAUGCAAUCCCAAAUGUACAGAUUUCCCUUGGGCUACCAAAAUGCAAGUUUCUCAACAAGCCUCUUUAGCUUCCGUACACUUCGCUGAUGGUUGGCAAUCACAAGAGGACGAUUAUGAUAAUAUACGAGAAUACUACGGUACAGCAUACAGCGAUGACACCCAAUGCGAGGUUUGUGGAUUCUAUAACGAUGCCUGUAUGCGUACUGAUUUCGAAGAAAAAGUAUUAAAAGUCGACAAAGGACUAAAUUAUAAACAAGUUCCUAUUUAUGAGCAAGGUCGCAUAUACGGGCGUUUAAAGCAGGGAGCAAGCUUAAACCUCAAUAGUACACUUUUCCCUGGGUACGAUUACAAUCAGGAUCCAUAUUAUGAGUCAGGGCAAAAUUGUGAUUUUGGGUAUGGAUUAAAUUACGAGCGGGUACAGCCAAGCUAUGUAGCCUCGGCGUAUGAUCCCAAUUGUGACCGACAAUAUGCAAAUUAUAGUCAGUAUCAAAAUUAUGACUCUAAAAUGUGUGAAGAAUACUAUGAGCAAAGUUCUUAUCAUUGUGGUCAAAAUUUAAAUAAUAAACAAUGCAAUAAUUACUAUGAUCACUGCCCAAACUACGAGCUGACUCAUGAUCAGAUGCCAAGGUACGAGGAUGCACAAACUUGUGAUCAAACGCAAAAUUGUCAGUAUCAUGGUUUCGACGAUCAAUCUGCGUCUGAAAAUGUUGAAGAGGAUGUCGAAAAAUGUUAUCCUUACUCAAUAGGCGUCGACACAACGCGCCGCAAAACACGUGUCUACAAAGAUAAUUGCACCAAAAAAUGUUCAUUUAAACCGGAACCGAGUCAAACAGGAAUCGAAAUGCAAACCAAAAAAAAGAUAAAAGAACCCAGAUCAUUGAAUCCUGAAUAUGUAAUACCUCAAUUUAAACAUCCCUGCAGUCCAAUAGAGUUUGGUAAAGAUGUGUGUCCACCGCCCGCUUGUCCGCCUGCAAAACAGUGCCCUUUUACAUGCUCCAGUAGGGGCAAAAUUUCUGGAAUCCACUUGAGACAAGAACCUAUUUUUGUACCAAAGAAAACCUGUGACCCCACCUGUAAAGCUUGGAAUACUGUGGAACAAGCUACCAAAACAGACUUUUCAGUGUGGGGUGAUCUUGGUCCAAAAGACCAUGAUCUAAUUAAAAUGAAAUCUGUAAAUGUCAUUGUAUCUCCAAGAGAACACCCGAGAGACUAUAGAAAGAUCAUUGACCCUGACGGUGUAACUAUUGUUGACAGAAAAGACUAUGUUACACACCAUAGUACUCCGGUGUUAAAUAAUGUGUUCGAAAUGAAACAUCCAAUAACUGUGAACGACAUGAGAUCUGAUGGAAAAAUGUUGCCAGAAGCAAAAAAAGAAGAUAUUGAGACUAGCUUAACAAAUAUGUUUGAAAUAAAUUUCAAUUUAAGAGUGACACGAGGAGAUAAAACUACAGAGAUAAGUAUAGCUAAUGAAGAUGACACUAACAAAAUUAAAACUCCUAAAGAUUCUCGAGAAUUAAUUGCUAUGAGAGGCGAGAGUCCUAAAGUUACUGAAGAAAACACGCCAAAUGAUAUAAAUAUAAGAAUAAUGAUAAAAAGCUAUAAGCCUAAAUCUGAAAUUCCACUACGAGAAUUGACCGUCAACGACUUUUCUAAGGAGAUUUCCAAAAAGUUUCAUACAGUUUCAACGGGUUCUAAAUUGACAGGAACUGAAGAAAUGGCUGAUCAUGUGUACUCUGUUCAUAGAACUACAUUAAAUAUAGCAGAUACUACAGAGGCGUCCAAGAACGAAAGUGAAAAUAAAGAUCAAAUCAUCUCUCCUAAAAUUGUGCUUAAUCCCUGUAAAGUCACAGAAAAAGGCGACAUUAUGCUAGAUAAGGAACCAAGACCGGUUGAAAUAGAAUCAAAAUGUCUCCCGAAAAUUGAUCAACUCAAUGACACAACCAGUGAAAUUUGUGAUACGCACCAAGAGGUAAUGGUGAAAUAUUCUGACAAGGUAAGACAAUCUGAAACGGCGGAAAACAUAAUAAAAUACAAGGUAACAAGUUCAACAGCAAACUCUAGUUCGCUACAAAAUAUAGACUUGCACUCUAUUCUCAAGGAGGAUGAUAGCUGCUUAAAAUUAGGAUCAUCGCAUAUACAAGUAAUUAGGCUAUACAAAUCUGAUGCAAAUAUAUGUGGAACUGACACUGAUGUCAGUUCUUAUAAUAAAACGAGUACAGAACGUACAGAUUAUGAUAAUAAGGCCAGUGAGGACUAUCUCAAUCUCAAAACCAGCGACGAACCUGCUUUGGAAGACAUUAAGCUUGCCCUAAAAACAAGCACAGAACCAACCUCAGAGUCACAGCAAGGAGUAGAAGAAGCUAUUCUUCCAAAAGAGAGUAGGGAAAUAAGACUAGGAAAAAAGGAGAUGCUAAAUGCGAUCUUUGAAAAAGCAUCAUGCUUAAAGAAAUCGAAGGGAAAAAAUAGAAUAAGAAAACUUAAAAAAAUGUUGAAAGCGGUAUUGACAUCUGACAGUAGUGACCCUGACGAUGUAACAACGUCAAGUAAUUGUUUAGCUAAAGAUUUUACUUACAAGAGUUUAAAAACAAAUUUAUUUAAAGAUUCAGACAGUUUAAAUAAUUACUUAAAACUUUCUGGUAAAGAGAGCGUGGUUCAAGUUCAAUGUAAUACUGUUGAACCAUCAAGUAACUGUAGUGGAGGUGAUAGUGAGUGGUCUAUUGACACAGGUGAGAUCAAGACGACAAAUCAAUGCAUUUGUAGUGCUGUAGCUGCGAGGCUUAAGAGCUACGAUAAUAACAUGAAUGACCUUGCUUGUUGUUGUCAGAAGAACUCAAAAGCUGAUCAGCAAAUCAGUUGCGAUUUAAUACCGCUGCUUGACGACGAGAGUUCAAGUGUAGAAUGUGUAGAUGUGGAAAUUCAAAACAACUUUUUGAGCAGCAAAAUUGUCAUAAGUCAAUCCGUCGAAAUAGCAGCUCCAUCGUCAAACUUCUUCCUAAUUAACAACCCAAUAGUAGCUCAUGCUGAAUCUGUAUGUAUAAGAAGUAAAGUGAAUAAAGAAGAAAAAAUUCGCGAAGUGAGAAUAAAGAGAUCCAAAAUGUCAUUAAUGCAAUCUGGAGAUUUUAAAGACUACGAUUUGAGAAAAUAUAAUAAAUCACCAAAAUUGGGUAUAUCAGACGACGACAAAAUUAUAUUUUUAGAAACGCAGCCCGUUACAUUCCCAAACCUAGUCAAAGGUAGCAAAAGAAAAGAGAAAACGAGGCAUUUAAAUUGGCAACAGCCAGCGGAUAUUUUACAAUUGUACGAAACAAAGAAAGCAGUAUUGGAGAUUUAUACGGAAAAAACAGUGACCGAGGACGGUGAACGUCUUGUUGCAAAGCUUCCUAAAUUCGUGUAUGAAAAAGAAAGUGAGAUAUGUAAGAGCUACGAGAAUAGUCAGAGUAAGUGUAAGGGUUUUAGAAGUUUAUGUAAAACAAACAUUGUGAUGUCUAUUGCUCGAUAGAACUGUACCUACGUAAGAUUUUGAUAUAUUAAUGCGAGUCCUUUUUUAGAAGAUUUCUUAAAUUAUCUGUGUUCGUAGUAAGUUGUAUUCGGUUCAGUAAAUAUAUCCUGUCGUUGCUAUAUUGUUUUAUUUCAAAAUACCAUUGUGUUGCAAUGUUAAUUCUGACGUUACAUUACCUUUAAAUUGCUUCGUGGUUUCACAUUCAGAUACAUACUGGGGAUCCAGCAAGCUAAGCAUUAGCGCAGAUAAUGGACGUGUGUGUCCACUAAGUGUGUGCAGUACACCAAGUU